AUGUCGUCCGAGGCUCCCGUCGUCGCUGUUCCCGCUGAGGAGGUCAAGGCCGCUGAGCCCGCCGUAGAGGCGCCCGCUGCCGCCGAGCCCGUUGCCGAGGUCGCCCCCAAGGCCACCGAGGAGACGCCCGCCGCUGAGCCCGUCGCGGCUGCUGAGACCGAGGCGCCCAAGGCCGAGGAAAAGCCCGCCGAGGAGGCUGCCGCCACUGAGGCACCUGCCGCUGAGGCUGCGCCUGCGGAGGAGAAGCCGGCCGAGACUGAGGCUGCUAAGGACGAGAAGCCCAAGAGCCCCAGCCUCUUCGCCAAGCUGCUCGCGCCGUUCAAGGGCGAGAAGAAGGAGAAGAAGCCCAAGAAGGAGAAGGAGGACAAGAAGGCCAAGAAGGAGGAGGCCAAGGCUGAGGAGCCCGCCGCCGAGACCACCGAGGCUGCUCCCGCCACUGAGGCCGCUGCUGAGCCUGCCGCCGAGGGCGCUGCACCCGCCGCUGAGGAGCCCGCGAAGGAGACCGAGACCGCUCCCGAGGCCGCCGCUCCUGCCGAGGCUGAGGCUGCUCCCGCCACCGAGGCGCCCGCCGCUGAGGAGGCCGCUAAGGAAGAGGCGAAGGAGGAGCCCAAGGAGGAGAAGAAGCCCGCCGAGAAGAAGGAGAAGAAGGUCACCCGCCGCCUGUCCUCGCGCGUGACCGACCUCUUCAAGCCCAAGCCCAAGGCUGAGACCGCCACCCCGGCCAAGGUCGAGGAGAACCCCCCGCAGAUCGAGGAGCCCGCUGCCGUCGCUCCCCUCGAGAACCCCGCCGCUGAGGAGGCCAAGCCUGCCGAUGCCGCGGAGGCUAAGCCCGAGGCUGCGGAGGAGGCGAAGCCGGCUGAGGAGACCAAGCCCGCAGAGACUCCCGUCGUGACUGCAUGA